GUUUUUGUGCUUGGUCGGAAGUAGGCUGAUAUGAUGCAGUCCUCCAAGCACCUGACAGAGACAAAAUCUGUUCGAGGAGAAUGUUUCGCAUGUGAGGUUCAGAGCCUGGGAUGACUUUCCUGCCAGCGUGCUUGGUGAGUCUGCAGCUCAGCUACUGCCUGUGGUGAAAUUGCAGUAGGGAGAUCACUGCCGUUCACCAGCAGCACCCUGAGCCAGCUCAUCCUGCUAGCUAUUUCUGUCUGCACUUAUCUAUAGCAUCAUCCUCCUUGUGCCUGUGUACCUGCUAAGCAUUCAGAACAGGCAUGGCUGUGGCAGCCUCCUCAUUUCUCUCCAGCCUGGAGGAUAAAUAACUGGAUUGCUUUUUAAAAUUCUUUUUUCUGCACCAAGAAUUUACAGUGGGAAGGCUGGAGAAAUGCUUUCAGGAACAAGCGGACAGGUGGGUACAGCCCUGCUCCUUCAUAGCCUCUAGGGGCACCUUUCUUUGGAGGUGAUGUUUUCCUGGAGUGAGAUACGGUCUUGGGUAAUGAUACCAUACCCAGAGUUCAUGAGAGAGAAGACCUGGAUCUAACUUGCUUGCAAAGGGACCUGGAGCAGAAGGCUGGAUGCUUGGGUUGGCUGGAUUAACUGGCUGUCAUUCAGAGGGAACUUGACAGAUCUAUUUUGCUUUCGUUGAACCUCUCUACUGCAUUCAUAAGGAUUUCCUGGAUCCAGAAGCUGCACUGGAGGCAACUGAGCAGCACAAAAAUGUGACUUUGACAAGAGACUCCGAGCCUUCUGCUGAGGAAUUUCUUACUGAUCAGUUUGUAAUUUAAGCCUAAAACUGAAGCACGCAUAAUAGUUUGUUAAUCUGAUAGGGGACAAAGGCUUUCUCAUUACCUAGGGCUGCCAAAAAGGCAGUCACUGGAAGCUUCAGAAUGAGUGCUCCAUUAGUCCCAAACAAAUCAUGUUAUUCCCAGCUUCAGGACAAUCGCAGUGAGAUAAAAAAUAAUAAUGAAAGCACAGUGAGCGUGGGGGAUAGCAAUGCCAACCAAAUCAUGACAAAGAUUAGAACCACGGAGGGGGAAAUCAAGAAACAGGGUUUGACAGAUGAAGGUGGAAAUGUACACUCUGGAGGAUCGGAGAGAGUUACUUGUCUGGAUACAGAACAGAAUAAACUGGUGCUCAGAGACUCUCGGACCUGUAACACUGGUAUACAAGAAAGUAAGCUGCCUUCAACCACAAGCAGGGAAAUAGGGAAGGACAGCAGGGCCAGUGAAGUUAAGGAUAUAGCAAGGCAUAUCAGGAUGAGCCGAGGACAAAGUCUGUCCAGUUUAAAAAGCAGCACAAAUGAUGCUAACCUGGAGAUCAUUUCUAAAGGUGAUGUUGACUUCACCCAGAAUUUUCCUAAGGGUAAAAUGUCCAGGACUGUGGAGAUGGAAAGAAUAAAAAGGCUCUCUUUGGGCAGACCCAGUAAAUUUUCUCCUCAAUCUGAAACACUUACAAAAGAAUGUGUUGGCCGUGUGUCUUGUAAACGUCUGCUUUCCGCAUCAUUGGAUUCCAUUGACAGGUCGCACCAUUUGAUUGGAAAUACAGAGAAAUCACAAAAAACUUCCACAGAUCAUUUUCUUGGGAUGGUGUUUCAUCCACUCGACAAUACCUCAGAGGAAAAUACUGUCUUUUAUUCCAAACCAUCUACCUCAGGGAACAAGAAAAUAAGUAAACCAGAAAACGUACCAAAUGUUAACACCGAAAGCACACUGCAUACUUCUCAUACCCAUCAUCAUUCAGCUGUUAAGCCCAGUGAGAUUGCUAGUAAAUCAGAAGCACAAUUAAGUCAGGGUGAUAAAAGUAAGAAGCUGGAGCUUAAGGCUGUGACAUCCCUACAAUCUAAAAACACAUGUCAACAAAAGACUGAGAGAAUUAUGGUGGUAGAGUUUCUGGGAUGUAAAAAAGAUGGAAGUACAACAGUAAAAGAACAGAAGGAGUCUGGCUCUGACGCAUCAACAUUUCAAACAUCCCAUUUUCAAGACAUCUGUGAUAAAGCAGAGGAUCCUGUGUCAAAUCAGGUUGUAACCUCUUCUGAUGACAGACUGCAAAGUGAUAACUUCACCAUCCACGGGGAAGGAAGAGAAGGACAUGACAGUGACAGUGGGGCAGCUACCCAGCUUAGUGAGGAAGACAGAGAAGUGGAAACAAUAUUCCCACUCACCUGUGAUGGUAAUUCCAGUAGCAAAGUGACACCUAUUAAAAACAAAAAUUUACAUGAAGAUGAUGCAGGCUGUGCUGAAACAGUUGGUGAACAGGUAUCUCACAUACAAAAUGUGUAUCUUCCUGAUAGCAAACCCUUGCAAGUUAAUGAGGAUAAACUGAUGCUGGUCGAAGGAAGCACUGAGGAAGCUGCCUUGCCUGCUUCUGAUCUCUCUGAGCAUGACAGAGUGUGCAGCACAGAGACAGUGUCAAACCAACAGCCUGACGACCAUGUCAGUGACGUGGAAACCUUCGUGGUUCCAAGUAAAAAGACAAUCCCUGCCCAGAAACAUCCUCCAGAUGAAGCACAAGAGAGCUAUAAGGUUUCGGCAAAGGCUGACACUUUUUUAUGUGUUCCAACUCAUAUGCGCCCGGUGGCAGUGCUGGAUGUUAACAGUCAGCCCACACUAUCAAACAGUAAUUUGAAGGACCUAUAUGCACUUCCCAUUGACAAACUGUCACCCUCCUCAGUCCUACCUCAUGCUGACAGUACGCAGAUGAUGAACAUAUCCCCCAAAGUGCCUAUGAAGACUGCCAGCAGCAGCGCAAUCCCCAAACCUAUCCUGGUUCACUCCAAGGGCUCCCUCACAGAUAAGGUGGAUGCUGACAGUGACUGCAGUGAGAAACUGGAAGAAAGCAUGGAGGUGAAACCUGCCAUACCCAAGCCUAAACCCGUGAGACCUAAAAUCAUCACAUACAUCAGAAGAAACCCUCGUUCAAUAGAGCAGCUUGACCCUUCAUUUGCACCAGCAGGGCUGCCAUACGGUACCGCAGCAUGCACAGUGCCCAUCUCCACAGAGCAGAAGGCAUCUGGUGGAGGGGAGGGGAAGGCCCCCAGCAUCCUGUAUGACAAAUUUAAACCUGACCUCCAGAAGCCAAGACUCUUCAGUUCUGGGCUGGUAGUGUCAGGAAUUAGGCCUCCAGGUCAUCACUUUGGCCCAAUGGGUGAGAAGUUUUUGCAGGAGGUUGGGGAGAGGCCUGCAAAAGAUGAAUUUUGUCCUCCACCAUAUACUCACUACGAGGUCCCACCAAGUUUUUAUCGGUCUGCCAUGAUACUUAAGCCACAGUUAGGACUGGGUGCAGUCUCCAGGUUACCAUCUGCCAAAAGCAGGAUUCUCAUUGCGAGUCAAAGAUCUUCAGGCAACUGUCUUCAUCAGCAAGGAGAAAUAGCGAGUGCUCCCAGCCUCUAUCAUCCUGAUGCUUCAGUUGAUCUUAAGAAAGUCCCAUGUCCAAAUGCUGCGAAGUCAAACCUCCCCAAGCCAUGUCCAUCUGCACUCCGCCCCCCAGGUUACUCGCGGUUGCCGGCAGCCAAGCUGGCAGCAUUUGGUUUUGUCAGGAGCUCAAGCGUAUCCUCUGUCUCCAGCAACCAGUCGAACGACAGCGCUCAGAGUGAUCAAAGCAGGACAACCAACCGUUCCAGCUUUGGAAAUGAAGAACAAAUCGUUCCUAAGGCAUCUGCACCUUCUAAAGACGUACCCAAGGGCAGCAGCAAGAGCACAACGCAGGUAUCGAGCAACGCAGCAACUCCUCGCAGGAGCUUACUUCCAGCACCCAAAACUGCCACUGCACCUGCUGGUUUGAAGAAAGAAAUACAAAAGGAUCAAGAUGCUAAUAGACCCGCUAUUUCCUCCCCUAAGAGAUCAGCAGUGACAGCCACCAAGCUCCACUCACCAGGACAUCCCAAGCAAAGGUCAACCACCCCAAGAAAUGUGUGCUCUCCCAAACCAGGAGAGAGUCGAGAUGCUGAAAAGCAGUUCAUCCAGAAGCUGAAGGAAAAGUGCGAUGAGCAGACCCGGCAAUUAAGCAAUAUCCGAGAUGAGCUUAAACGGACCAGCUGUGGCUUUGACGUCUUUGCUAUAACAACGCAGCACUUCUUCAAGCAGGAUGGAUCUAACAGGACCGAACUUCCGAGCAUCGGAAAGAGUCGGGCAGGGAACGGAUCAGAGAAAGAAAAUGCUCUUGUGAAAAUAGACGAGCUAGGAGUUGAGCUUGCAAAGAUCAGGGAUGAAGUCGCCAUCAACACAGCGAGAUGUAAGAAGCUACAAAAUGAGAAGGAUGAUCUGGAGAGGCGCUUAGAGGAGGAGGCGAUAAAGCUUCGCGGGAAGCAGAAGGAGGAGCUGCAGGUGCUGGAGCAGAGUUUACGUGAGGAUUACAGCACCAAGAUAGAGAGCCUGCAGGAGCAGCACAAGCUGCAGCUGGAGAUGGUCAAGUCUCAGCAUCUGCACCAGGUGUCCGACAUCACAGCUGCCCACCAAGCUUCGAUAUUACAGCUGGAAAACAACCACACCGUCACCCUUAAUGUACUGCAGGAUGAGCACAACUGCGAGAUCCGAGAACUGACUGAUGCUCAUGAGCUGGAGAAAACACAACUAAAGGAAAACUUUGAGAAGCUGCGGCUGUCGCUCCAGGACCAGAUAGACACCCUCACCUUCCAGAACCAGUCCCUGAAGGCCAAGGCAGACCGAUUUGAGGAGGCUUUGAAGAAAAACACUGAGGAACAGCUGAAGAUUGCGCAAGCUCCUUAUCUGCACUUAGUAGAAGAUCUGAAGAGCUUAAAACAUGUUCUGGAAUUGAAGAACCAUCAGAUUCAUGAGCAGGAGAAGAAGAUUAUGGAGCUAGAAAAACAAGCUGAGAAAAACUUAAUCCUGGAAGAAAAAAUCACUGUGCUGCAACAGCAGAAUGAAGAACUCAGAGCCAGGAUUGAGCAUAACACCGUCAUAACAAGGCAACUGUCGGAGGAGAACGCCAACCUCCAAGAAUACGUGGAGAAAGAAGUGGAGGAGAAGAAGCGGCUGAGCAGAACAAACGAGGAGCUGCUCUGGAAGCUGCAGGGAGGAGACACCAUGAAAUCCCCCGUGAAAUCCCCCCCGGCAUCAUCCACACCAUUUUAUCGCUGCUCUUCAGGGAACUCCUCGUCAGCCAAAGCCAGAACCGUGCGGCGGUGAUCCAUCACGACCCUCUGCCACGGGCAUGUUUCCAGCUGCUGAACCUCACACCCAAGGACGUACCACCAUCAGCAGGCGCCAGAACUCGUGGCUGCAAGCAUGCUCCCUGGCUGCAUAGCUUCACAUUAAGCAGGGCUCUCUGAGAGACCCCAGAUAGGAGCUCAUGGUUUUGACACGUUCAUUACAGUAGCAGAGAGGAUAGUGAUAAGUUAGGAUAGCAGAAAGGUAGGAGAGCAAAAGGUUUAGCUUAGUACUGAUUUCACUGUGGUUAGAGCCAGCAGUUGGAAAACACUAUAUCACAGGUUCAUCGGGGUGGACUGCUGCUGCAGUACUUCAGGUUAGUCUCAAAUAGAGUUCCAGUUGUGAAUAUCUCUGUAUAUGUGUCAGUGUUUAUAUACCUGUAUGUACUGUACCUUUAUACCUAUAUACAGACGCACACACAUAUGUAUGUAGUCGAUGACAUUCUGAAUCGCAUUUUUUUAUACUCUUGGAUACUACGAAGUGCUGAUCUAUUUUCAUGACAGUCAGCGGUUUUCUAACUCGUGCCUAAGACUUGUUAUCAAAACAAAACGCAUUUCCUCCCAGGAGCAUUUAUACCCGAACCAGAAGGAAGCCCCACAGAAAUAGAAGCGCCUUCCAAGUGACCACCGAGUGGUACAAUCCUUAACGUGAACACCAGCGACUUGGGCAUUCUGAGACAGAACUGCCUCCAGAACAUCAUCAUCUCCCUUGCAUUGAGCACCAGAUGAGAAAUGCAAACCAUCCACUGCUUUUAGCUCUUAGCGUUGAUGUUGUAAGCAAACGGGGAUAGGAUAGAGAAGAGAAACCCGAGAGUUUUAGUCAAUAUGAUAGAGGUUACUGGGUGUUGUGUUUCAAUUUUAGACUCUUUAGCCCUAGAUUGCUUUUAUCUCGCUUCCCCUCGACCUAGUUUUGAAAGUCAAAACCUCUGGGUGCGGGGUCCUGUUCAGGUUGACAUGUUUCAGGUCCCAUGAGCAAGGAGAAGAAAACCAACCCUUUGUGUUCAGACCUUUGCUGGCCCAGCGUUAGGCUGAGCUGGUGAGCACCUGCUGGAACACCAGGCGUGAUACAGAGGGCUGCAUGGGCGCAGAAGAGGUCAGAAUGUUCCCUUCCAUAUCUACCCACGUUUCACACUGUUGUGCACUGUUGAGCUUCAGUCUGCCAAUGCGGUUCUGAUGGGAUGACAUGACAAAGCCAGAACUGUUAUAAUGAUCUAACCUCAACUUCCCCACGUUGAACACACCAGAGCAUAUUAUCGGCCUGGGAUGGGCUGCCCAAAGCCCGGCCUUCUUCAUUUCUUCAUUGUUCUGCUCUAUUUCUGGUGCUUUCCUACUCCCAUUUUUUAAUUAAAUUCAUAUUUAAUAGUUGCUUCCAGCAGUGAAUUAGGAGUGGGGCUUCAAUGCUGGGAAAACCAGGACCAGCCCUAGUUCUGCCAUCACUUAGUGUCAUUGCCAACCCCUUUUCCCAUUGAAUUGCUGCCUCCCAACCCUGCCCAUCGCUGAAUGCUUCCUUGGUACAACCUCCAAAUCACUGGCAAAGCUCAGAGCCUGGUGGGGAGGUGCCCAGGUCCAGCAAACCCUCCCUAGGGGGAUGUCACAGGUACCUCCUGAGCCCAGAAACAGGGACUUCCAUCCCCCAGAAAUCAUUCCUUUUUCUUGCUCUUCCUUCUCAUCUCCAGGGAGGGGUCAGGCUGUACAUUUCAUGGUGAGGAGGAGGAAGCACUUGCCAUGGAUGCCCACCACAGGCUGGCCCCAGUGCUGGCUCCCCGGCUCAGUGGCGAUGGUACAUCUCCCUUGGGGACAGGGCACCUGCAGGUGCCUGGUCCACCCCAUAGGGACCAAGGGGGCAGAGCAGGGGGCCACUCACCCCUCAUCCUUUGGGCAGCAGCUUGGACUUACCAAACGUUUGGAGACUGAGCACUGAGGCCUUGGUGCAUCCCACUGCAGGGCUCUGCACAGUGAUGGUGGUGGGGAGGAAAGCUGACACUAAUGGGUGCAAAUCAGGUAUGUUCCGUCUCUGCACUGAUGGCUUGUGUCCCAUGGACACGCCGAGGAGCCCCUGUACAGUUCCCACACAGCAGGAGUCCCACGGUCCGGUUCACUCUGUGGCUAAUGAGUACAGGAAGUUUGUAUUAUUUCGUUUCCGAUGUACAGAUAAGUAUAAUAUAUUCCUGAUAAUAAAUACACGCGCCAGCACACAGCGCGAGUGGGCGCAUAGAAACUGGGCUGUCCCGCUAUGUUUUCUGUGUACACAGACAUGCAGACACUGGUGCAGCAUGUCCUGGGUGAGGGCACUUCUCAGGUGUCUGGUCUGAGGCACCUUUAGCCCCCAGGCAUCUCCGGGGUAUGGGGACACUGAGCUGGGGCUCUCCCUGGCAUCCCCCCGAUGCAGCAGGGGUUAAGAGCACUGCUGCCCCACUGGGGACUGCAGUGCUGCCCCGUGGGCUCAUCCCAACCCUGGCAACCCCCAGGCAGAUUGUGCACAGUGCACAGCCCCUAUUUCCUGGAGCAACCACACAACGUGGCAGCACCAGGAGCUGCACCCCAGGGCAGAGCCCUCCUGUGCAGCUGGGGACAGCCUGCAGGCACUGCAGGUAUCUGGAGGAGGGAGGUGGGCUCAAUAAUAAUGGCAAACAACGGGCAGCGUUUAUUGGAGUAGCGAGAGCAAUGCUUUAAUGCUGUACCACUUAAUGAGAAAUGAAUUGCCAAAAGCUUCAUUUGGUGGUGAAGGAUUUUACAGUGGCAGCAGGACAAAAGGGAGCUGUGCACAAGCAUAAAGGGGGUAGGAGGAGGGAAGGUUCAAGGCUUCAUCAAGCAUUGCAUGGACAUGGAAGAAAGAAACCCAAGUGAAAGAAAGGUUAAAAAAAGAUAGAAAAACAGAUCUGUUUGCAGAACAAGCAUCGAAACUAUUUAACACGCCUGUAAGAAACUCUGAGAAACCACUAGGAAAAUAGACCGUCAACAGAAAGGUAUAUACAUUUCGCUUAACAGUUAAAAAAUAAACACUGUACAGACUC